GUUACUUGGAAGGGUUAGAACUGGAUGUGGUUUUGCACGUCUCCAUUAAAGGAUGAAGAUGAUUUACCUGUUCUGGUUGGUGGGUCUUUGCCUUGUGCGUGGCUGCCAGCGAUUUCCUAAUGAGGUCAAUGUAGCUCUGCAGGGGACUGCAGACCAGUCAUCUCUGGGUCAUGAUGUUGGAUUAGCUUCACAUGCCAUUGAUGGGAACCAUGACAGUAUCUACAGUAAAGAGAGCUGCACCCACACCAACACUGACUCCCCCUCCUGGUGGAGAGUGGACCUCAAGGACACCUAUGAGAUCUCCACUGUGAUCAUCACCAAUAGGAAAGACUGCUGCCACGAGCGCCUUCAAGGGGCCGAAAUAUAUAUUGGAGACUCGCCUGAUGCCUCCAAAAAUGCCAGAUGUGGAACUAUCACUUCAACCUCUCCAGGAUCAGUCCAUACCAUCUGCUGCAGUGGGCUGAAAGGCCGUUAUGUGAAUGUUGUUCUCAGUGGAAAAAGCCAGUAUCUGACCCUGUGUGAGGUGGAGGUCUUUGGAGUGCUAAACCAAGAUCCUGCACCCGAGUGCAAACGCAAGCCUAACGAGGUCAAUGUAGCUCUGCAGGGGACUGCAGACCAGUCAUCUCUGGGUCAUGAUGUUGGAUUAGCUUCACAUGCCAUUGAUGGGAACCAUGACAGUAUCUACAGUAAAGAGAGCUGCACCUACACCAACACUGACUCCCCCUCCUGGUGGAGAGUGGACCUCAAGGACACCUAUGAGAUCUCCACUGUGAUCAUCACCAAUAGGAAAGACUGCUGCCACGAACGCCUUCAAGGGGCCGAAAUACGUAUUGGAGACUCGCCUGAUGUUUCCAAAAAUGCCAGAUGUGGUGUCGUCACUGAUACCACCCCAGGGUCUGUGCACACAUUUUGCUGUGAUGGGCUGGUGGGGCGCUAUGUGACCAUAAUGAUCCCUGGUAGAAAGGAAAGCCUGACCUUGUGUGAAGUGGAAGUCUAUGGGGUUAAAACAGAUUGCGGGGAACCCCCAGUUUAACCAUUUUAUCCUGUUGGUUACCAUUGCUAGAUGAAAGACUCUCCAGGAAUGCAGUCACAUGGGAUAUUACACAUGGGAUUCACAGCUUCUUUGCGCU